UUCUCACCUACGACAGCGUCGGGACGCAGCUUCAUGAAGUGUUUCUUGUCUCUGUGAACUGAUGUGGAUUUGGCAACAUGGAUCAGUGUGAGGAAAAAGAGGAGGGAGUCUCUCCCUCUAAAAGCACUGACAGCCCCAUCAAAGCUCAAAGUCCAGGAUCUGUACCUCACCUUGAACAUGGAUCUCAACCUGGAUCUGGACCCGUUUAUGUGCCCUUUAAAAGUGAAUAUUUCAUGGAUCACCAAAUGAUUAAUAAAGAUGAAUGCAUUUCACAAAUCCAUCAGGGAACAAAAUCCUCGAAACAUGAACCUGAACCCAGUUGUGUGUCCCUUCGGAGUGACAACUCCAUGCCCAUAGGACGAGAUUUUAAAGGACUGCAAUCGGAGCAACCGUGCUUAGAGAUUCCCAGUGGUCAACAACAUCUGGCUCACCUAGACGACAUAUUUAGGACGCUAGAGGAGAACAUCAUUAGUUUUGCAAGGAACGAGCUGAAGAAAUUCCACAAGGUUCUGAGGACAGAUUACUCAGAAUACCAAGAGAGUCUGACAGAGGAUGACGAGCAGAGGACAAGCAGAGACGCUUUUCUAAAGAUUACAAUGAAUUUCCUGAGGAGGAUGAAUGAGGAAGGCCUUGCUGACCACCUACAGAGCAUUCAUUCAGGUACUCUGGCUGAAGCUUGUCAGCGUGAACUGAAGUUUAACCUGCAGCAGAAGUUUCAGUGUGUGUUUGAGGGAAUCGCUAAAGCAGGAAACCCGACCUUUCUGAAUAAGAUCUACACAGAGCUCUACAUCACAGAGGGAGGGGCUACAACAGUGAAUGAUGAACAUGAAGUCAGACAGAUUGAAGCAGCAUUCAGGAAACCAGACAGACCAGAAACUACCAUCGCAUAUGAAGACAUAUUUAAAAGCUCAGCUGACAGAGAUGAACCCAUCAGAACAGUGAUGACCAAAGGAGUGGCCGGCAUUGGGAAAACAGUGGUGACACAGAAGUUCAGUCUGGAUUGGGCCGAAGAAAAAGCCAACAAGGACAUAGAGUUCACAUUUCCACUCACCUUCAGAGAGCUGAAUGUGCUGAAAGAGAAGACCUUCAGCUUAGUGGAACUUGUUCAUCAUUUCUUUCCCGAAACCAAAAAAGCAGGGAUCUGCAAUUUUGAGGACUUCCAGGUUGUGUUCAUCUUUGACGGUCUGGAUGAGUGCCGACUUCAUCUGGACUUCAAGAACGCUCAGAUCUUGACUGAUGUGACAGAGUCCACCUCUGUGGAUGUGCUCGUAACAAACCUCAUCACAGGGAACCUGCUUCCCUCUGCUCUCCUCUGGAUAACCACACGACCCGCAGCAGCCAAUCAGAUCCCUGCUGAGUGUGUUGACAUGGUGACAGAGAUCAGAGGUUUCACUGACCCACAGAAGGAAGAGUAUUUCAAGAAGAGAUUCAAAGAUAGGAAACAGGCCAGCAGAAUCAUCUCCCACAUCAAGAAAUCCCAAAGCCUCCACAUUAUGUGUCACAUUCCAAUCUUCUGCUGGAUCACUGCUACAGGUAUGGAGGGUUUCUUUAAAACCAGAGAGGGAGCACAGCUGCCCAAGACCCUGACUGAGAUGUACAUCCACUUUCUGGUGGUUCAGGCCAAAGUGAAGAACAUCAAGUAUGAUGGAGGAGCUGAGACAGAUCCACACUGGAGUCCACAGACCAGGAAGAUGAUUGAGUCUCUGGCAAAACUGGCUUUUGAGCAGCUUCAGAAAGGCAACCUGAUCAUCUAUGAAUCAGACCUGACAGAGUGUGGCAUCGACAUCAAAGCAGCUUCCAUGUACUCAGGAGUGUUCACACAGGUCUUUAAAGAGGAGAGAGGCCUGUACCAGGAAAAGGUGUUCUGCUUCAUCCAUCUGACUGUUCUGGAGUUUCUGGCUGCUCUUCAUGUCCAUCUGACCUUCAGUGAGACUGGAGUCAAUCUGCUGUUAGAGGAACAAACAACAGCCCAAACGUCUGAAUGUACAGAGAUGCACCUCUACCAGUCUGCUGUGGACAAGGCCUUAGAGAGUCCAAAUGGACAUCUGGACUUGUUCCUCCGCUUCCUACUGGGCCUUUCACUGGAGACCAACCAGAGUCUCCUACGAGGUCUGUUGACACAGACUGGAAGUAGCUCACGUACCAAUCAGACAACAGUUGAGCACAUUAAGAAGAGGGUCAAUGAGAAUAUGUCAGCGGAGAGAAGCAUCAAUCUGUUCCACUGUCUGAAUGAACUCAAUGAUCGAUCUCUGGUGGAUCAGAUCCAACAGUACCUGAAUUCCGGAGGUCUCUCUACAGAUGAACUGUCUCCUGCUCAGUGGUCAGCUCUGGUCUUCAUAUUACUGUCAUCAGGAAAAGAUCUGGAGGUGUUUGACCUGCAGAAAUACUCUGCUUCUGAGGAAGCUUUUCUAAGGCUGCUGCCAGUGGUCAAAGCGUCCAACAAAGCUCUGCUGAGCCUCAAUAACCUUUCAGAGAGAGGCUAUGAUGCUCUAUGCUCAGUUUUCAGUCCUGGUUCAUCUUGUCUGAGAGAGGUUGACCUGAGUAACAAUAGGCUGCAGCAUUCAAGACUGAAGUUGGUGUGGGGUGCGCUAAAGAAUUCAGACUGUACACUGGAAAAACUCAGAUUGAGUUUCUGUAACCUGUCAGAGGGUAGCUGUGACAGUCUGUCCUCAGUUCUCAGUUGCCCUUUAUCAACUCUAAGAGAGCUGGAUCUCAGCAACAAUGACCUGAAAAAUGUGGGAAUGAAGCAGCUUUCUGCUGGAUUGGAGCAUCCAUACUGCAGAUUGGAGAUUCUCAGACUGUCAGGCUGUCUGGUCACAGAGGAGGGCUGUGCUUUUCUGGCCUCAGCUCUGAUCUCCAACCCUUCACAUCUAAGGGAGCUUGACCUCAGCUACAACCAUCCAGGGGAACUAGGAAAAGAGCUACUGUCUGCGCGAAAGGAGGACUCACACUGCAGCCUGGACGUUCUCAGGGUGGAACCUAGCGGAGUCCAGUGGUUGACACAAGGUCUGCAGAAGUAUUUCUGUGAUCUAACAAUGGAUCCAAACACAGCCAACAUAUUCCUCAAACUGUCCGACGACAACAAAAUGGUGACGCGUGUGAAAGUGAACCAGUCGUAUCCUGACCAUCAGGACAGAUUUGACUACUGGAAACAGCUGCUGUGCACAACCGGUCUGACUGGUCGCUGCUACUGGGAGGUAGAGUGGACUGGAUGGGUUUACAUAUCAGUGACUUACAAAAGGAUCAGAAGGAAAGGUGGUAGUGAAGAGAGCUUGUUUGGAAAGAACAAUCUGUCCUGGAGCUUGAGGUGCUGUGAUGAUGGCUACGCUGUCUGUCAUGAUAACAGAACCACAUACCUCCAUCUUUCCUCCUCCUCCUCUGGGAGAGUAGCAGUGUAUGUGGAUCAUCCUGCUGGAUCUCUGUCCUUCUACAGAGUCUCCUCCGUUGAACGGAUCCACCUCCACACCUUCAACACCACAUUCACUGAACCUCUGUACACUGGGUUUUGGCUCUGGUCAAACAGGUCCAACAUCUCCUCAGUGUCGCUGUGUGGUCUGUAAGAUGGAGAAUCUCCUCCUGUGAAGAGAAACACCCUCACUACUGAUAAAAAUGGCCCAUCUUUGCCAAGUUAUUUGUGAAUACUGGUCUGAGAUCCACAAACAUAUUCAGAAUGUGUUUUCAUUUGUUUUGUUUUUUUUUUACCAUUUGAAACAAUACAUCUUGGUAAUGUUGCAUUGGAUGACUUAUACCAGAAGGACAAGAAACUACUCUAUAUUUUUAGUGGCAGCAAACAAAAAGUCAUUAUAAGGAGAUGGCUUAAACCUGAACCACCAACAAAUGAAGACUGGAUUGACACUGCUCAUGGAAAAACUGUCUUUUUCACUCAGAUUACAGAAGGACACAUUUUACAGAUUAUGGUCAAAAUGGUUGGAAUAUGUCAAGCCUGUGAGAUCAGAUUUUUUGUAAACUCUGCUAUUUGACUCAUUACAUGUACACUUAUCUUUUUACCUACCAAAAAUUAAGGAAACAAGUGUCCCAUCCCCAUUUAAGUGUUUUGAUUUUCUUUGGUUGACAUUGUAAAAGAGCUAAAAACAAAUAGAAAAAAAGCAAUAGUUUUGUAAAUCUUUACAUUGUAUUGUGGUCUGGAUCUACUUUUUCAAUAAAAAUGUUAAUAUAUGUAUAAAAAAGAGGUCCAUCUACCUCACCAUAUAUGUUUAUAUCUAUGCUCCAUUACAUUUAAAGCAGAAAUCUCAAGAACAGGUUGAGAGAAUGUUUUAAAAUUGGCACAAACAUAACAUUCAAAACAACCUGGGAUGAAAAACUGCUAAUCUUAAAUUAAUCUACACCUAUGAUCUGAAAAUGAAAUAUUGAGUCUUAUGUUCAUUAUUCUUUAAUAACACUUGUAAGUAAGGGUUAAUAACAGGUUUUAGAAUUCGGAGUGCUCAUGAUUAUUAAGCUUGUAAUUUUGGGUCAACACCUCUUUUUUUUUUGUAACUUAAAUCUUUAUUAAGUGUUAUGCAGAAUUGUAACAGUAACCAAAAAGACAAAGACAAACAAAAGAGAGCCCAAAAAACAAUAACCCAAUGAAAAACAAACAAACAAACAACAACAAAUAGAACAAACAAGAGCACAAAUAAGUACAAAAGAAAACAAUGUGCCCGGGUAGCAACAGUCAGUCUGAUGAUUUUGUGUAAAUAUUAUAUUCCAUUUAUUCCACUUUUUUUUUUUUUUUAUCUAGUUCUGGUUCUUGCAGCCUCAGU